CUACAAUUAAAUACAUUUAUUGAGGUAAGAUGAAAGGAUGCUCUGUUAAAUAUGAGAUGUCAGCAGGUGCUAUCAGGAGCCGCUAACAACGGCAACUCUACAGUAGCUCACUGCUCCUGCAAUGGUAUAGGAUACACGGUGUACUGUACAGGGUGUGAUAUUGUUGUACUAGACGAUGCGUUUCACAGAGUGCAGCUGAUAAGCAACAUUAGCGGCUGCAGAUCUCAGAUAACAGCCAUCACACUGUGUCCGCUAUCUGGCAGGAUCGGCGCAGUUUCGUCCCAUUCAGUGUACAUUCUAUCAGCUCAGUCUUCAGUAGAUGAUGAUGAAUACCCCUACACGUGGAGUGUAUCGUACACACUAUCUAUAGGGUCACGUGUGGCGUGUGCUACAUUCAAUAACGAUGGAAGUGAGCUUAUAGUGACGGGUACUGAGCUUCUUAUCUACAGAACUGCAGAUUGGAAGUGCGCCUGGAGUACCCAUUUGACAGAAGAAACCAGCCAAGUAACUGUUUCUCCAGACGGCAGAUUCUUUACAACCCUGUCCCGGAACUCUAAAGUUAUAAAACUAUGGAAGAAGAUGAAAGGAGGCAAGGAUUACAGGAGUGAACUGAUUCUGCAUCCUGACGUUGUUAUCGGAGCUUGUUGGCGGGCUGUCUCUCCAGAGCUCCCCGUUGACUCAGUGAGACAAGUCCUCCUGACCUCCUGUCACGACUGUAUCGGGAGGAUCUGGCUGGAGGCUCCAAGUGUUCAUCCCUCUAUCUCUGCUAGACAUUCUAUCACCAAGUCAUUCGUGCUAGGCACUGUGUUGGAUCCAUUAAAGGAGUCAACUGAAAAGAAGAUUGAAGGAUCUCCCUACAUAUUCCAAUGGUUCAACAACAAGGCACACUCUUACAGUGUUUGUUUGGAGAAUGCCCGGCUGAAAGGGGAGCUGAUGCUCUCUGAAGGAUUGUCCGUCAGUUCCUACGAUAUUGCAGAGGAGGAGGACUUUGUUGUGUCUGACACUGACCAGCCUAAUGAGCCGAUAAAGAAGGAGAUGUUGGAGUUGAAGAUGGGAAAAGUCAAGGACAUGCGAGAAUACCAAUACACUGAGUCUCAACUUCUCAAAUACUGGUACAAGAGUUUCGACAUGGUUGUUUGCGUGAGCCCCGCUACCGGCUCCUUUAUGGGGUGGAGAGUUGAGAAGAUUGAUGUGGCUUACCCUUUCCAGGCGCUCACUACUAGAUUCGUCCUUAAACUGCCUUGGUCCCUAUCAUACGCCGACGCAAGACAGCUGAAACCCUCGUUCUGUAUCUUCAACACUAGGAAGAUAUACUCCAACUGUCACACGGACCGGUCAGUGCUCAGGAAUGCAAAUCAUCACUCUAAACGAACGUCGACAGUCACUGUUCCUGACCUUGAAGGAACGUUAGUGGAUCUGAGGAGUAUAAUGGUGCCUAGUAUGAGUCUACUUACAGCGCACUUUGACGGAACUGUUAACUUGUUCACUUUCGAGAUGGGUGUUGAGGACAUCACCUUCACUGAUAUUGGGAACCUGGUGCACGAGGUCCGCUGUUCUGGACACAGGUGUCCCCCUAUAUUCUCCCUGUCCCACAAUAAAAUGACCCUCCUCCCAGGUGUCCCCCCUAUAUUCUCCCUGUCCCACCCCUACAUUCCGCUGGUCCUGACCACAAGCUCGGAGACUGGUUCCCUGACAGGAGCUGGGUACGGAGAGCUGAUACUCUGGAGAGUGUCCUGUAUCGGACCCAUGACUACCAGGAAAACGGGGAUACUGGAGCUGGCUAGAGUGGACACUAAACGUGCUGCUGACUUUACUGCUGUAUCCUGGUUCCCCAAAGCGUUCUCCGUAAUCCCCGCUGACGCGAAGAACCACGCCGGAGUCCUAACGAGCUUUGUGCUGCACUUUGUGGCGUUUACAGGCCACUCUCUCGAGUUGUACAGAGUUGUGACCCUCUCUGAGAGUCUCCACACUGCUAAGAUGAUACUUGACAGGAGCAGCAGGAAAUGGGACCUUACAAUGGAUAGUAGCUCCACAAAGCAGCAAGAUUGUUCGGGAGAUGUGAUCGGAGAGGAGCACCUGUGUUCUAAGAGCAGUGGCUCAGGAGCCAGUAAGAUAUACCAUGUGGGCAGGAUUGCGGAGGUAACUGCGUCAUGUGCCUUCCUACAUACCUUCCCUCUAGCUGCUAUCAGAUCAGAUGAGCUGUCUAACCAGAAGAGUAUGUUGGAGAAACUAGAGGAGUAUUACGUAGUCUUAGUGGAUAAUAACCAGAACACUGUAUUAUCUAUCCAGGUCUCGAUAAGUAACGAAGAAGAGCCAGGCCUCCUUAUCAAACUGCCAACUAAAGUGCAGCAUGUUCACAACACUUUCUUUUGUGUCCGUUGGGAGAAGGCGACAACACAACCACUUCCCCUCCCACAAUCUACCUCCAUCCUGCAAUGUUCCCCAGCCGCAGCAACAGUAGCCACCCCCAAGUUCGUGCCCCCUGGUACUUGCUCCCCUUACCUCUUCUCCGGACUCUGCUCUGACAGUGUUCUGAGGUUCUUCACUCUCUCUGAGCACACGUGGGUCACGUGGCCAGACCCUGGUCUCCGGGGGAGGGAACUGAAGCUGAACUGUGACAUUAACAACACCUUUACUUGUAAUAGUAUACCAGGGAGACUAGCUGUUGCUGAAGUGCAGCCCAAUGUGCUUCUUGUCUCCAUGUACGAGAGUGAGAGUUCGGGUGGGGUGUGCUGGACCCAGGAGGACAGCUUAGAGCUGAAGUGUGGUCCAAUAGCAGGGGGGCCUGUUCUGAUGGACUUCAUGUCCGCAGCUAAUGGAACCCACCUUCUGGCAAUAGUCCAACAAGACAGCAUGUGGGUACUAACCCCCUGCUCCUGUAUCAGUCUCCACUCCUCAGGAUCAGGUCAGAUGACCCACCAACCUAGUCAACAGAUAGAGAGCUGGGUCCCCCUCCUUCAAGUCCACCUCAGUACCAACGGACUAGCGGAGCCUCGCUCUCUCAGCUGGAACAGCACUGGCUCCCUCCUACUAGGUAUCAACACUGAGCUGCAGCUCUUCUCCCCCUGGUACACCAGAGAGGAGGUCAACAUGUUGGACACCCACUCUCACCUGGAGAGAGGAGUGGGCAAUGUUUAUAACGACGCUCUGUCUCUCCAGCCGCGACUACCUCAGUACCAUCCCUACGUGCUGAGACAACUGAUAGAUAACAGGAAGGUUACGGAGGUAAAGCUAAUCCUGCACUAUCUGUUAAGAUACUUGGUAUCCUAUUACAGGUCCAGUAAGGUGCGGGCUAAAACAGAGUCUAAUAUAAUCAGCAUCAUCCCGCCUCUACCUCUACACGAGCUCAACAACCUGCAUCCUAACCUCUUCACUGACACUGACAGCGUUAUUGAUGACACCGCUCAGGGUGAUUACAGUGCUCUCUUCACUACAACAGCGCAUCUUGACGACAGUGACGACGACCAGGGCCUCUUCUCGGACGAGGAAGAGCACAAUGUGAUCAACCAGCGCUCCAUCACCCACUCCGAGUCUGGGAACGACACCAACUAUUGCUUUGACUCCAGACGAGCAGGUGAUCUGGACGAGUAUUUGUCGAGGUACCAGCUCCCAGGGCUGACACGAGGUGAGCAGUUAGCACUGUCUUGUCUGGCUAUCACAAUCGGGGCUACCAGUCAGUCGUUCUCGGACAACAUGCACUCUCAGCCUGCUGGUCAGGACCUGGAUGAUUGUGGACUCAGGUUUACUCUGGAGCUGAAGUAUCAGAACAGUAUUUCUAAGAGGUCGGAGAAAGUUCCCCUUCAGCCUAAUGAUUGCAUAUGGGCAUUUCACAGCUCAUGUCAGACUCAGCUGAUUGAUCUGAUACCGGGCUUCAAAGAGAAGGAGCUGUCUUGGGAGGAGUUGAAGAGUGUUGGAGUUGGAUGGUGGGUCAGAAGUGGCAUUGCUCUUAAAAAUCUGAUAGAAAUAGUUUGCAAGACAAAGUUCCAAACCACUAAAAAACCCAUCGAGUGCGCUCUGUUCUAUCUCGCGAUGAAGAAGAAGACGUUGCUCCAAUCUCUCUACCGUACAGUACGAGACACAAAGAUGGCUACCUUCUUAAAACACGACUUCGCUGAAGCACGGUGGAAAACUGCAGCUAAAAAGAAUGCUUUUGUGUUGCUAGGCCAGCAGAGAUACGAACAUGCAGCUGCUUUCUUCCUCCUAGCCGACUCUCUGGAAGACGCCCUUGAGAUCCUGUUAAAGUAUUGUCAGGAUAUCCAGCUAGCUUUAGUGGUGGCACGUCUCUACGAGGAGCCUGGGAACACUGUACUUAGUACUGGAUCAGAGCACACUAUGGAGUAUAACAUCUGCUUCAGGCGCAUCUUGUCUACCUACAUAUUAGGGAGACCCUACGAUACUGCAGACUCUACAACAGGGUCUCUGAGGACUAUAAGAUACGAUGAUAACCCCUUCAUCUGCUCCAUGACACACUGGUGGUUGGGAGAAUACCAGAGCUCACUCUACAGUCUGUUACGACCUGUUGUAGUUAACCCUGAUAACAAGUCUAACCACAUCUUGCCGCAUGUCUUCAGCUUCUACUGCUACCUCUACCACCACCCCAUACUGAGGAGAUGUAAGGAUCCUGUUAGGUUACCGUUUGAGCUGCCUGCAGGAACUGUGAAUGAUGCAGCUGAGGUGAUCUCCCUGGAAAGGCGCAUGAUCUUCAUUACCGCUUACACCCAGUUUAACAUGGGGUGCCCUUCCCUUUCACUUGAUGUGCUCAAGCAUCUGGAGAGUGGUUUCACUAAACUCUCUGCUAUUACUGACGAUUCCACUGUUGAUGCUGGAGAAACGGACAAAAUCUCAACCGGGAUACUUUCCUCCGAGAUGAACUCCAUGAGCAUAACAUCGACCCCUUCAACAGAGUCAGCUCUAUUGGGUGCCCUGGCUAAAGCAGAUAAUCUAAACGAUGGUUCCUGGAUGACGAUGGGGGCCCCACUUACUUCCUCCAGAUUUAAUAUGGAUGAGGAAUAUGAAAUUGAUUUCAGCUCCUCUGAUUCUGAUUCGAGUGAGGAGGAGAUACAAGUCACCACCACAGCUGAACUGUCUACAGAUAUUGCUGUGGAGGAGCCUAGUGAAUGUGGUGAUGAGGCACAGGGCCCUACUGAUCCUUUCAUCGUUCAGUUCAGACUCAAAUGUUGUAUCAAGAUACUCGCAGAUGAACUCAGAUUUCUCCCACAUGCACUUCUAGAUCAGUUCGAUCCAGAGCUGGGACCCUUCGGGGGACGAGCAAAACUUCGGUCUAAAAUUGAUUCUGGACAGGAUGCCAACAAAUCGGCACACUUCCAACAACCCAUGAUACUACCAGGUGCAAAUCAGCUGGGACUCAAAGUGUGCCAGUGGCUAAAGAACGAGAUCGACACUAUUACCUCGGUCUGCAACCUCAAGUACUCUAACAUGGUCCUAGUAGAUCUAGAUGACACCUCUGAGGACGAGUCUACUAUCCUGGAGGACGUGGAACACUUCACCUAUCAGCUAGAGGAGAGUAUCUUAACCGUUCUCCUUCUCUUCUGUAUACUACACGGAGACCUGGACUACAACCUGGCCGCCCUGAGACUGGAGCUCCUCUUCCUGCUCCAGGAGUUCCACUCCACCCGCAACAUGUCCACCCUGAUCACUGCUAUGGAGGCUGAGAACUGUGCAGUAAACCUGCCACCCAUUCUCACCACCACCGCCCCUCCUCCCCUCCUCCUCUCUCCUCUUAACAUGCUCUGGCAGCUCACCGGACACACCCUCAAACUAAUCAACAGGUGCUCGGUCCAACACAACAUCUCUCACCCCGAGAUACAGAUCCUUAACUCCCUGAGUUUGUCUGCCUCCGCUUGCAUGUGGCAGUGUCUGGCACUCCGCCAAGGUACUGCCAGGAUCCCUAAUAGUUAUGCUAUUGUCAAACAUCAGCCUCUAAACUGGCCUGGUCUCAGCGGCAACUCAGUUUACUUUCUGGUCAGUGCUGGUAAAGCAUUCCUAGUUAACAAGGAGAAGGAGGGAGCCCAGAGGAUAGCUAUAGUCCUCAUAGAGGCCAUCAUUUCAGUUUACCUAGGACUGUACCUACAUGCACUCUCCAACUCAGACGCAAUCCUAAUAACCCAGCUAUUACACAAUUAUCCCUCUCUGGAUAUGUGGACUAAAGUAACUGGAACCACUGUCCAGUCUGUAGACACCAACUCUCCUAGACCCCCUAACAAGAGGGUCUCUAUGAUGGGGGAGAGGAUCAGAGUGAAAGGACCUCGUAUCUCUCAAGAGGGUGUUGUGACGGUGAGGGAGACCUUCUUACCACCCUGCAUGUCACUGGUCGAGUUCUUCAACAGAGAGCAACAUCUUGAUACUUCCAACAUGUUUGAAGUUGAUAGCGACUGUGAGGAGACGCUGGACGAUGAAGGGGAUGAUCCAGAGGAUUACAGUUGCUACAGCUGGCGCCUCAUGAGACUCAUGUCUGUAAUACACGUCCAGGACAAGAUACUUUCCUUCUUAACCGAUAUCGGCAUCAUUCCCUCAGAUUUAGCAGGGAUGUCCCCCUUGCUAGCGUGCAGUAUGAAGACUCUGGACGGGUGGGCGGAGAACCUUCUAGAACAACUAGAAGGAGCUUACCCUGAGGGAUGUCCCUCUGACUUGCUUCCUCCGUUAGCACCUGGCUACUCCUUACAGCAGAGUCUUGCGGAACCUAACUGCUCUCCUUUCAGACAGCACACUCAGACGUCAUUGCAAGCUAGGAUGUUGUGGCACAAACUGGCAACAGAGACACCGAUAACCGACUAUCUGCAGACUAAAGAACCAGAGGUGUUAGGAGAGGAGCCUUGUUCUCACGGAGUUAGGACCGCUUUUAGAGGAACAGACGGGGUCUCCUCCUUCUCCUGCUACCAGAACCGAGUGAACAUGAUGGUGGUAACAACACUCAGAGAGAUUCUAGAGAUAGAUGUGAAGACCUGUCUAGAUAGAGACAGAGGAGUGAAGGAGGAGGGAAACGAGGAGGGGAACAACUCGCCCUUUGUUAUCAUUUCGAAUGAUGACAACAAGCCAAGAAAAAAUCAUCAUAUAUCAGAACAGUCGUCGAUCAGCUCCGACAGUCACGUUGAAGUUUUUAACCAGCUCCUGAAGCGCCAGGAGUCCGGAGUAAGGUGCUCCACUGCCCACAGUGAACUACCUCUCUACCUUACCGGCAACACUGACGGAUACGUGAAGCUGUGGGAGUUUGGUUACCCUCACCACCUGGCGAAGUACGGUCUCAGUGGCACUAGAGGUCGCGUAACCAGUGUCAGAUUCGGUCCUCUGGGGGCUAAGUUCGGACUGUCAGAUACAAACGGAGGGAUAGGGUUGUGGCACACGACAGUCAGCUCUCUGACACCGUACUGUGUACUCAACUGCCACGACAGGGCUACUAGAGACUUUGCCUUCCUGGGCUCUGCUUCUGUGUUAGCUAGUGUGGGCAGCAGCUCUAAUAACAGGAAUGUGGUGAUAUGGGACACACUGCUGCCCCCCACUGAGUGUGCAGUAAAGAAGUUCCAGGCCCACGAGAUGGGAGCUAUGGUGUGCUGCUACAGUUCCAAGAGGCAGGUUCUCAUUAGCGCGGGUUCUAAAGGAGACGUCUGUAUAUUUGAUGUUAGACAGAGGAAGCUUCAGCACAUGUUCACUGCUCACGACAGUGCAAUAAGGAGUAUUUGUCUCAGCCCUGACGAAGAGCAGUACUUCACCGGCAGCUCAGAGGGGGACAUCAAGAGCUGGAGUUUUGGUGGAUCUGGAGGUGAUCAGCACAGCUUCAGUUUUGCAGAGGGCCACAAAAGCACAAAACUCUUCUCAAACCUGCCUGGGGGAUCUCUGAAAGGAGUGAUGAAGCUUCAGGUAGACUCGACUAACCACCUUGUUUCCUGUGGAGCUGAUGGUGAAGUUAAGAUACGACUAAUUUCUGAUAUUUGAUCUGACCACCAAUAACAUUUCUAGAUUUAGUUUUCUGAACAAAAAACAUUCUCGAUUUUGGGAUUUACGUCUCCGUGAUUUGAUCUUAAG